AUGUACAGUAAUACCAACAUAGCUAGCCUCCCGUGGCUGACGACUCUUCUGACGAUCCUCUGGCUCUCAGUAGCCUACAUGUUCCAUUCGCGCUGGGGGCGAGACGUGUCCCAAUGGCCCAUGGACCUACCCGCGCGGUCUUACACGUUUACCGACCACCCCCAUCUGCGCGACUUUGACGACGCGGUGGCAGCGGAGCACUGGGGCGGCAUGGUGCGGCACGAGUGGUGGGACACGGAAUGGCGUGACGAGAGCGGGCGACGGUUUCCCCGCGGCAUCGACGUCUUUCACAAGGUGCACUGCCUUGUCGCCAUUCGCGACGAUUUCGCUAUAAUGGCGUCGAGCCCGGACAGGGGCGAGAAACCCGACUUCAGGAAGAAGAGGGCCGAGGAGAGGACGAGGAGGAAGGUCGAGUUGACGGUUAAUCAGAAUCACUUGCAGCACUGCUUUGAUUUCUUACGACAGGAUAUUCUCUGCGCUGCCGAUAUGACGUUGGAGCCCCUGCCUGAUGGGUAUGUCGAGACGGACGGUCGGGGUGUCGAGCAUGUGUGCAAGGACUGGAGGGUGUUGCUAGAACUGAUGGAUCUGCCCGACGAGGAUGAAAUCUGA